GGGCCGGAGCGCCUGGCCGGCGUGAUGACGUCAGACGCCGCCCGCGCCGCUUCCUGUUGUCAGUGCCGGGAGGCAGCCGCAUCGCGCCGAGCCUGGGGUGCUGCCGAGGCAAGGAGGCCCCCCCCGCCCCGCUCCCCGCUCCCUCUGGUAUCAUGUGAUCCCCCACAGUGCUGCGGCCAGAGUGGAGAUGCUUUCAGUGGUGGAGAAUGGACUGGACCCCCGGGCUGCCAUCCCGGUCAUCAAGAAGAAGCUGGUGGGAUCUGUGAAGGCCUUGCAGAAGCAGUACGUGUCCCUGGACACAGUGGUCACCAGUGAGGACGGGGAUGCCAACGCCAUGUGCAGCGCCUUGGAGGCUGUGUUCAUCCACGGCUUGCAUGCCAAGCACAUCCGAGCUGAGGCUGGAGGGAAGAGGAAGAAGAAUACCAAUCAGAAGCCUCUGCCUCAGCCUGUGUUCUGGCCCCUCCUGAAAGCCAUCACCCACAAACACAUCAUCUCAGAGCUGGAGCACCUGGCCUUCAUCAGUACUGAUGUGGGCUGUUGUCGGGCAUGGCUGCGCCUGGCACUCAAUGACGGUCUGAUGGAGUGCUACCUGAGGCUGCUCCUGCAGGAGCAGGCCCGGCUGCGUGAGUACUACCAGCCCACUGCCCUGCUCUGUGAUGCCGAGGAGGUCGAGUUCCUCCUGAGCCUCCUGCAGGGACUCACAUCCCUGUCCUUUGAACUCUCCUACAAGUCGGCCAUCUUGAACGAGUGGACGCUCACGCCCUUGGCCCUCUCUGGGCUCUGCCCGCUCUCUGAGCUCGACCCGCUGUCUACCUCUGGCACAGAGCUCCAGCGUAAGGAGUCUCUGGACUCGAUUUCCCACUCCUCAGGCUCAGAGGACAUUGAGGUCCAGCACUCGGGCCCUAAGAUCCGGCGGAACAGGAAGCUCAUGGCCUCCUCCCUUAGCCUCGACACGGCCAGCUCGUCCCAGCUGUCCUGCAGCCUCAACUCGGAUAACUGCCUCCUCCCAGGGGAUGACUGCAAGAGCCCUGACCGCUCUGAGGAGCCCAUGUCCUGCGGCUCAGACCCAGGCACAGCCAACGCCGGGAACUCAGACUGCUCUCUGCAAGAGGUGUUGUCAGAAUUCAGCAAAGCCCAGGUUAACACCGUGUCAACUGACGGACUGAGCCAAGAUGUGGAGUAUCCCACUGCCCCGGCCUCGCUCUGCGCCCGUGACCUCCUCACCAGUAUGACCCUGCACUGCAAGUCGCCCACAGAGCCCCUUCCCUCACUGGCAGCCUCUGGAAUGCGUGAUAGUGGCCAUGAGCAGGAGCCAUGUGCCCUGGCACCUGACACCCUGGACUUGUGGCAGCCAGGCUCUGUCCAUGCUGUCCCUGCAGGGAACAUCCCUGGCCAGCAGCCCCAUGGCUCUGCAGGAGAGACAACCAGUGCCAUCAGCCAAGAGGGUGGCCAGCAGGAGCCUCCAGAGCCUGAUGAAGUCAGCCCAAAGCUCCUGGUAUCCUCACCCAGCAGUCCGAAAAGCAAGAGCUGGAUCUCUGAAGAUGACUUCUACCGGCCUCCCCAAGAGAGGGCUCCAGAGAGUGCCAAAGAUGACUCAGUGGCACCUUCCCAAGGGACUCGAGAGUCAAGACCUGGUCUUCACAGGCAUUUUUCUCAAGGACCAAGGAAAAGCUACUCCCUGGGGGCCUUAGACAAAGCCUGUGUGCCUUCCCCGGGAAGCAAGAACACCGAGGCAGCCCCCAUGCAGGAGCAUAAGAACUUCCGGGUGGUGCAUCGCAGGCAGAUGGGGCUGUCCAACCCAUUCCGGGGGCUCCUGAAACUAGGCGCGGUGGAGCGGCGGGGCGCCAUGGGCAUCUGGAGGGAGCUCUUCUGCGAGCUGUCCCCGCUGGAGCUCCGCCUUUACCCAGGCCAUGGGGAGCGCACCUGCAUGGAAAGCUGCUCCCUGCUGCGCUGUGAGGCCGUAGGGCCGGCUCACAGCGAUGGACGCUUUGAGUUGGUCUUCUCCGGCCGGAGGCUGGCCCUGCGAGCCUCUUCACGGGACGAAGCCGAGGACUGGCUGGAGCGUGUGCGGGAGGCCUUGCAGAAGGUCCGGCCCCAGCAGGAGGAUGACUGGGUGAAUGUCCAGUACCCUGAGCAGCCCGAGGAUGCCCCCAAGGAGCCCCAGGGUGACCCACUCUCGGAGCCAGCAGCCCCCCUGGGCACACCAUUAGACUGGUUGUCCGCGCAGGUUUCCGAGCCAGACGCCAUCAAGGAGUCACUGCUGUACUUGUAUACGGACAGGACCUGGGUGCCCUACAUUUUCUCCCUGUCCCUGGAGUGCCUGAAGUGCUUCCGUGUGAGGAACAAUGAGAAGUUGCUGAGUGACAGCCAUGGCGUGGAGACCAUCCGGGACAUCCUGCCAGACACCAGCCUUGGGGGCCCAGCCUUCUUCAAGAUCAUCACGGCCAAGGCCAUCCUGAAGCUGCAGGCUGGGAACGCCGAGGAGGCCGCGCUGUGGCGAGACCUGGUCCGCAAGGUCCUGGCGUCCUACCUGGAGACAGCGGAGGAGGCGGUGACGCUCAGCGGGAGUCUGGACGAAAACUGUCAGGAGGUGCUGAAGGCUGCCACACGGGAGAAUGGCUUCCUGCUGCAAUACCUGGUGGCCAUCCCCACAGAGAAGGGCCUGGAUGCCCAGGGCUGCUUCUGCGCAGGCUGCUCCCGGCAGAUUGGCUUCUCCUUUGUACGACCCAAGCUCUGUGCCUUCUCUGGCCUCUAUUACUGUGACAUCUGUCACCAAGACGAUGCCUCGGUGAUUCCGGCCCGGAUCAUCCACAACUGGGACCUCGCCAAGCGCCCGGUCUGCCGGCAGGCCCUGAGGUUCCUCACACAGAUCCGCACCCAGCCCCUCAUCAACUUGCAGCUGGUGAACGCGUCUCUGUAUGAGCAUGUGGAGCACAUGCGCCUGGUUGGGAGGAGCCGCGAGCAGCUGAAGCUUCUGGGGGACUACCUGGGCCUGUGCCGCAGCGGCGCCCUGAAGGAGCUGAGCAAGAGGCUCAACCACAGGAAUUACCUGCUGGAGUCACCCCACAAGUUCAGCGUGGCUGACCUGCAGCAGAUCGCAGAGGGUGUGUAUGAGGCAUUCCUCCAGGCCCUGAUCGCCUUCGCCUCCCAGCAUGUGUACCACUGCGACCUCUGCACCCAGCGCGGCUUCAUCUGCCAGAUCUGCCGCCACCACGACAUCAUCUUCCCGUUUGAGUUCGACACCACCGUCAGGUGUGCUGAGUGCAAGACUGUCUUCCACCGGAGCUGCCAGGCCGUGGUGAGAAAGGGCUGUCCCCGCUGUGCCCGCCGGCGCAAGUACCAGGAGCAGAGCAUCCUUGGCUAGGCCCAUCUCCUGACCUGAGGUGGGGGUGAGCAUGGCGCAUCCCCAUCAGCUGGCUUUGCCGUCAGCCCGGGCCACCCUGCUCACAGUGUCACAGCCAUGUCCCUUGUUGGGAAGAACCUCAGAUGUGACCAGAGCACGGUCCCAAAGAGGCCCAGAUGCUGCCAUGGUCUCCCCACCACCCUGGCUGACUGAGGCAGGGCCGUCACCACCUGUCCUGUUGGGGAUGGAUGGGCCUCCACCGGCCUCCCUUGCCUCCUCCUGGAGUGGUCCUGGUACCCUGCCUGGCACCCCCACUAGGGCUGCUCAACACUGUGGAAAUGGACUUGGGGAGCAUUUUCAGUUCCACGUUCCUGAUUAAAAGUCUAGUUUUUUAAAGUGGAUUUUUCCCCCUCCUAUUUCAACAGAAAAUAUUUUUUUAUUGACCCUACACGAAUCACCCCAGGAAGCCAGGCUUUCACCCCCAGCCGAUGCAAGGAGUCCCUUGGGCCUGGCUGGAGGCAGUAGCAGACAGGUGGGCUGGCCACUGUGGGCAUGGGGCUGUUGGCCCACCCAGUGCCUUCUGUGGCCUGAACUGCCUUGUACCGAACUGCCUGACAGCAGAGCAGGACCUGUCCUGGUGAUGCCUGCAUUUUUUCCCAUCCCUCUUGUCCCUGCCCCGUGCCCUCACCUGAGCACCCACCCCCUUCCUGGCAUCAGAGCCCC